AUGGAGUCCGACGACGAUUUUAUGAGUGUCGCCUCGAGCACCGAGGAUUUCCUGGGUACUCAGGGCAGUGACGAUGACAGUCUAGGCGAAGAUUUCGGCGAUGAUUUCGAUGGCGGAUUCUCCAAAGACAAAGACAUCAUCGCGACAUCUCGAAAACCGUACGAGGUCGAGUUCAAGGUCCUGAGCCCCGGGGAUAUUGAGCGGGAGCAAACCCAGCAGAUCAGCGAGGUGUCAACGAUCCUAGGUCUGCCGCCGGAGUCAGCGGCCAUCCUCUUGCGAUAUGGUCGGUGGAGUCGGGAAAAGCUGAUCGAGUCGUACAUGGACCACCCGGAGGAGACGUUAGAGGAAGCCGGCCUAGGGACGAAUUUCCAAUCGACGCCGAAAACCGAAGUUGUGCCUAAUUUCAUGUGUGAUAUCUGCUGCGAAGACGGCGACGAUCUCGAGACGUAUGCGAUGCGGUGUGGGCAUCGAUUCUGUGUUGACUGCUACCGACAUUAUCUCGGACAGAAGAUUCGCGAGGAAGGGGAGGCGGCCCGGAUAGAGUGUCCCGGCGAUAGCUGUCAUAUGAUCGUGGACUCGAAAACACUGAACCUUCUCGUCACGGAUGAUCUCAAGGAAAGGUACCAAACCCUACUGAUCCGGACCUACGUGGACGACAAGGAAAACCUGAAAUGGUGCCCGGCCCCGAAUUGCGAGUAUGCCGUUGACUGCCCCGUUAAGCAACGUGACCUGCGUCGUAUAAUCCCUACGGUCCAGUGCUUCUGCAAGCACUUUUUCUGUUUUGGCUGCACGUUGAAUGACCAUCAACCGGCGCCGUGCUGCUUAGUGAAAAUGUGGCUGCAGAAAUGUGAAGACGAUUCCGAAACGGCCAACUGGAUCUCGGCGAACACGAAGGAAUGCCCCCGGUGCCAUUCGACGAUCGAGAAGAACGGAGGAUGUAAUCACAUGACGUGCCGGAAGUGCAGGCAUGAAUUCUGCUGGAUGUGCAUGGGUCUCUGGUCGGAGCAUGGCACCAGCUGGUAUAAUUGCAACCGAUACGAGGAGAAGUCCGGCUCUGAAGCGCGUUCCGAACAGGCCAAGUCGCGAGCCUCGCUGGAGAGAUAUCUGCACUACUACAACCGUUACGCCAACCACGAGCAAUCGGCCAAGCUCGAUAAGGACCUGUAUCUCAAGACGGAGAAGAAGAUGACCAGUCUGCAGUCGCAGUCGGGCCUCUCGUGGAUCGAGGUGCAGUUCCUCGACACCGCAUCCCAGGCGCUUCAGCAAUGCCGGCAGACCUUGAAAUGGACCUAUGCCUUUGCCUAUUACCUUGCCCGAAACAACCUGACCGAAAUCUUCGAGGACAAUCAGAAGGACCUGGAGCUCGCCGUGGAAAGCCUGAGUGAGAUGUUUGAGAAGCCCGUGCCGGAGCUGGCGAAUCUCAAGGUGGAUAUUCUGGACAAAACGGCCUAUUGCAAUAAGCGGCGGGUGAUUGUGUUGAGCGAUACCGCCGAGAACCUCAAAAAUGGGGAAUGGUCCUUCAACGUGGAGUGGUAG